UUCAGCUGCAAGUGGCCUCCAUUGUGGCGGGAAAUACACGAGGGGUUUGACAGAAAACGCGAAACCACAGCCAGUGACAGUCAGACGCACACUGGUGACAAGCGCUGAAUUGUGAUGUUAAGUACUGUUGACUAAGUUUUAUCAGUUUUCGGUUUCAUAAAACUAAUGAAAAGUCUGUGAUAUUUCUGUGUCACUGGUAACUUGGCGGCUCGCUCAAACCAAGGGAAUUCUGAAACCACGUGUUUAGUAGCCAAAACACAAAUUGCUUGUCAGAACUUUUAAGUGAAAUUGGGAAGUCAACGAUUUUAUUGAAGAAUUUUUACUUAACACUUUUAAUUUGAAGAUUAUGGAUGACUGGGAUGAUGGACCGUCCACAGAAGGUAGAGGCAGAGGAUUUGGCAAAGCAGGCUUUGGUGAUGGAGGAUCUACAGGAGUGACCAAGGGUCUUGGAAGAGGCGUUUUACGGGCUGGUUUCUCUGCCGAAGUUAAUGGUACCACCAAUGGAGACAGUGGGUUAUCAGGAGGAUUUUCAAACAUGUCCGUCUCCAAGCCAAGCUUUGGUGAAUCCAAGGGCUUCGGCAGUGGAGGAUUCGGCAGUGGUGGAUUUGGUUCCAAAACACAGAAUGGAGGAGGUGGGGGAGAUUCCAAUGGAAUGACCAAUGGAGGAGGUGGUGGUUUUGGCCGCGGUGGAUUCGGUAGUGGAGGUGGAGGAGGAGGAGGUGGUUUUGGGUCGGAUCGCCCACCACGUGGAGGAGGAUUUGGAGGUGGGGGAAGUGGCAGUUCCAGUGGCUGUCACAAGUGUGGCGAAGAAGGCCACUUCGCAAGGGAUUGUCCAACUGGUGGUGGAGGUGGUGGUGGUGAUCGGUCUUGCUUCAAAUGUGGAGAACAAGGCCACAUGUCCAGGGAAUGUCCUAAAGGUGGAGGCGGCGGUGGAGGAAGUGGUGACCGUGGAUGUUUCAAAUGUGGGGAGCAAGGCCACUUUUCCCGGGAAUGUCCCAACGCAGAAAAGUCCGGGAUCCAACUUGACCCAGACCGUCCUGCACCAUACAUCCCACCAGCACCAUCUGAGGACGAGACAGAAAUAUUUGGUGGCAUCUUGAAGGGCAUUAACUUUGACAAGUACGAGAAGAUUCCAGUGGAAGUGACAGGUCGUGGAGCACCAGCUUCUAUCAACAGUUUUGAUGAGGCUGGUAUUUAUGAGGGUUUUAUGACCAAUCUUGUGAAGUCACAUUUUGAAAAGCCAACACCAGUACAGAAAUUUUCAAUCCCCAUUGUUAUGUCUGGGAGAGAUCUGAUGGCUUGUGCUCAGACCGGCUCUGGCAAAACGGCUGCUUUUCUGCUGCCUGUGCUGACUGGAAUGAUGAAGAAUGGCCUGACAGGAAGUGCAUUUUCUGAGGUCCAGGAGCCACAAGCCCUUGUUGUGGCUCCAACAAGAGAACUGGCUUUGCAGAUAUUUAACGACGCUCGAAAGUUCUCGCAUGGAACCAUGUUGCGGCCAGUUGUGCUGUAUGGAGGUACAUCCGUUGGAUAUCAGCUUAAGCAGGUGGAGAAUGGCGCUCACAUUGUUGUCGGCACACCGGGGAGGUUGAUAGAUGUCAUUGGGAAAGGCAAGAUAAGUCUGUCGAAACUCAAGUACUUGAUCUUGGAUGAAGCAGACAGGAUGUUGGACAUGGGAUUCGGACCAGAUAUCAAAAAAAUUGUACAUGAACUUGGUACUCCAGAUAAAACAGAAAGACAGACACUGAUGUUCAGUGCCACAUUUCCAGAAGAAAUCCAGAAACUAGCUGGGGAAUUCCUCAAUGACUAUUUGUUUUUAACUGUGGGUCGUGUUGGAGGAGCAUGUUCUGAUGUGUCUCAAAACUUUUUCCAAGUCGACAGGCAGCAAAAACGACAGAAACUGUGUGAUAUUCUAUCAGAAUCUGGUGCAGACAAAACCCUAGUAUUUGUGGAGCAGAAAAGGAAUGCCGAUUUCUUGGCAUCCUACCUGUCAGAGUCCGGUUUCCCCACAACUAGCAUACAUGGGGAUCGUCUCCAAAGAGAAAGAGAAGAAGCACUGCGGGAUUUCAAAAUAGGCAAGGCUCCCAUCCUGAUAGCUACAUCAGUAGCAGCACGUGGCUUGGACAUUCCCAAUGUAAAACAUGUUAUAAACUAUGACCUACCUCAGUCAAUAGACGAGUAUGUACACAGGAUAGGCAGAACUGGGCGUUGUGGCAAUCUGGGCAAGGCUACCAGCUUCUACUCUGAAGACUCGGACGGCAGUCUCGCCAAACCACUCUUGAGAAUCUUGGUGGAUGCUCAACAAAAUGUACCAGAGUGGUUAGAAUCUAGCGGACAAAGCAGUAUGUCUUCUGGCUCCUAUUCUGGAGGUGGUCGAUUUGGAGGCAGGGACAUCAGGAAGGACCAGGAAAGGACAAGAGAACACGCUGGAAAUGGCCAGAGUUCCUACUCGGGAUAUGGCAGUGGUUUUGGUGGUCAGGCGGCCAAAAUAGGCGGUGAUGACGAUGAGGAAGAUUGGGAUUGAGACUGAUCCUUAGACUUUACGGCUAACACUAGCCCAGUCUCCAGCCGUGUUGAGGUCCGGCCAUGUGUCACCAUGUUGCGUGAGAAAACUUGCCGUUUGGAUGGUGGUAUUGGUCCAAAGAGAAUGACCUUACCAAAGAAGAUACAGGGGGUCUUAAUAAACAUCAUAACCAGCUAAACAUUCAUGUGGGAGAAAGGAGUCCCAGUGUUAUAUUUUUCAUUGUUGUUUUUUUUCUAUGUUAAAAUUUGUUUCCAAGUGUUAAAAAAAACAACUAGAGAUUAGGUACCUAUUAAGUUUUUGUCAGUCGUUACGAAAUGUACAUUUUGUUUCUUUAGACUAGUGUUUACAUAACUUUUCUUAUCCGGCCACCGAUGGAUAGUGAAACUUCAUUUUGCAGUCUGGAGUUCUCCCAAUUCAGUCCUUCAAAUUAGAAUUAAUUUUUGACUGGCUUGCAAUCGGUGGAUCUACUGGGUGGGGAUUUAACGUGCCAAGCGUGCCUCAGCCUGUAGAUUGGACAUGGGCAGUCCUUUUUGUACAAAUCUUAGUGCUGGGAGAGGUUGUGGUGUUUGUAUUUGUGUUGCAGAAUGUAUUACACACACUCCCAUCUUCCUACACAGUUGUUAAAGCUGGUUUAAUCACGACUUGUGUAUUCGGGUCAUUUUGUCUUUUAAAACAUUUAACUUCAUUGUCCGGUUUCAUCUGCUCUGAACUCAUUUGUUAAUUUAUCAAUUCCAUGGAGAAAAUCGCAGAGCUGUCUUUUUGCAAGUCUGCCAAAGUCUUAUUUUUCAUGAGUAUUACAGAUAUUUCAUCAUUUAAAGCAAAAUUGAUCAUGAAACACUAUUCAGCAUUAUCAGCUUUCAAUAUUAACUGUGUCGAUAUUAAUUUAGUAUUCCAGUAUGAAUGGAUAAUGUAUCGAAAAUGUUAAAUUUUGAUGAAACGAAGAAUUGAAGCUUUCAAAUGUGUUCAGUCUAGUGGUACAGCCCUAUCCAUGACUUUUUAUCAGUUGCCAUGUUCAUUAUAUUGCUGAAAGGUUUGUGAAAUGUAGAAAGGAAAAUCCUAUGUGCACCUCGGACACAAACCAGGCUAUCUCCAGAUUUUAGGAAGCCAGUGUGAUGAACAAGCCUUGCUGCUUGAAUAUGGAAAACUUGGUUGUUAGACAUCAGACGUUGCGUAUCGGAGUUGUCAAUGAAGCAGCUCUGCCAAAACUGUUCAUAAAAAAUGGUUAUUAAAGUUCUGUGAUGUGAUAACGUGCAAUUCAGAAUAUUUUCAAGGGCAUUAAUGGUACUUAGUCUUGUGUAUGUGAUUGAAGUGAUCAAGGAUGACCGUGUGUUAUCAUUGUGGCAUCAAGUUUUCUACUACACCUAGAUGUGGGGCAAAACCAUUCCAGCUGUAAUGUAGGAAUAAUCCCAAUUAGUGGACCAACUAGUAGAUUUUAAAAAGUUUCAAGUUAAUGUGCAGUGUUGGUUUGGUAUUGUCUCUUUCAUAAUUUGUUUUUAGGUCAUCAGACCCAACAUUGGGCACAGGUAGUGUUGUUACUAAGGGGAACAGCAAUAGAUCCUGUGAUGAGGUAGCAGGUUCUUCAGAUUCAAGUAAAGAUUUCUCCCAAUCUGCAUUCUGUUUGAUUGAGUAAAGUUUUAAAGGUAUAAACAAAUCUUCACACAUUUAGAUUUUGCUUCGUUGUGCCAAACAUUUGCAUCUCUUUAAGAUGAAUAGAAUAUGCAUCAGUGUUCUAGUGCUACAUUUUUCCCUAUAGUAAACCUUCAGUUUCCUGUGUUUUAACAGGGAUUUUACUUGUAUUGUUCCUGUUGAAGGUAGUUUUGAUCCACAUAUACAUUUUCAAAAAGGAAUCUUGUAUCCCUUUUUUCAGAUACAACAUUGUGUUGCAUAGUAGAUCUAUAUCACUUACUUGCAAGGUUUGCAUAUACUGUCCAAGCAGGUUUUUAAAUGUUUUAUCUGUAUUCACAAGCAAACUGUCUUCACUUUUGCUUCAAGUUCGAUCAGUUAUUCUAGUCGGUCGUAAUGGACUGGCUGGUUUUACUUGUCGAGAAUGUUGUGACGUUUAAACUGUGAUGAUUCCACAUCUGGUCAUGCCUACUCCACAUUUUAUUUGAAAAUCAUUUUACAUGCUGUACAAUAAUAAAAGAUAUUGUUAAUA